CCUAGUUCAAUGCCAUACUACCAAGCAUGUUAGCUGCACAGAAAACUAUCGAACUUUGUAGAAUAAUGGUGAAAUUUCCUAAAAGAGAUAUCAAAAUGCGCAUCUAUCAAUCACCUUCAAUUUGCAUUUAAAAACAACAACUCAAGUCCCUCCAGCCGCCAUCGUUUCAUCUUUCAUCCUUCCUUAGACUUGUUUUCAAAGAAAUGUCUGUCGUCGGUGUCGACUUCGGUACGCUUCACAGCAAGAUCGGUGUAGCAAGAAAUCGCGGUAUCGAUAUCAUUGUAAACGAGGUUUCCAAUCGUGCAACACCAUCUCUCGUCGCAUUUGGCCCAAAACAACGUUCUAUCGGUGAAUCCGCAAAAACUCAAGAGACCUCAAAUUUCAAGAACACAAUCGGAGCUCUCAAGCGUCUCAUCGGUAGAACACUCCAGGAUCCAGAUGUCGCAGUAGAGAAGAAAUUCCUCAAUGCAAACCUCGUCGAUGUCGGAGGAACAGUCGGCGUAGAGGUAACAUAUCGCGGCGAAAAGCAGACUUUCUCUGCUACACAGCUUGUCGCAAUGUAUUUCGGCAAGCUGCGCGAUAUCACAGCAAACGAGCUCAAGACCGUAGUCUCUGAUCUCGUCAUUGCCGUCCCAGGAUGGUUCACCGAUAUUCAGCGCAGAGCUAUGAUCGACGCUGCACAAAUUAGCGGUCUCAACCCACUUCGUCUCAUCAACGACACAACUGCAGUCGCACUCGGUUACGGUAUCACAAAACUUGAUCUCCCCGAACCAGAAAACCCACGACACGUCAUGUUCGUCGACGUUGGCCAUUCCACCAUGUCCGUCUCAGUCGUCGCAUUUUCCAAAGGUCAAUUAGCCGUCAAAGCAGCCGCAUACGAUCGCCACCUAGGUGGUCGUGAUAUCGACUACGCUCUCAUCCAGUACUUUGCCGCUCAAUUCAACGCCAAAUACCACAUCGACGUCCUUUCCAACCCCAAAGCAACCUUCCGUCUCCUCACCGGCUGCGAGAAACUGAAAAAGGUCCUCUCAGCUAACAACGAGGCCCCCCUGAACGUCGAAUCACUCAUGAACGACAUUGACGCCUCGUCCAAGCUCAACCGUGAAACAUACGAAGAGCUCAUCUCCGGCGUCCUCGACCGCAUCGCCGCACCCCUCCAACAAGCCCUCGUCGAAUCAGGCAUCAGCAUCGACGAUAUCGACACCGUCGAGCUCGUCGGUGGCACCACCCGUAUCCCUGCCGUCCGCGCCCGCAUCCAAGCAGCCCUCGGAGGCAAAGUCCUCUCCACCACCCUCAACCAAGACGAAGCCAUCGCCCGCGGCGCCACCUUCGCCGCCGCCUUCCAAUCCCCCACCUUCCGCGUGCGCGAGUUCCACGUGCACGACAUCAACCAGUACCCGAUCAAAGUGUGCUGGGAACGCGCUGCCUCCGACCCAGACGACGACACCGAGCUUGUCGUUUUCCCCCGUGGAAACGGUAUCCCGUCUACUAAGAUCCUUACGUUCUACCGCAAGGAGCCGUUUGAGAUCGAUGCAGAGUAUGUAGAGCCUGCGGGUCUGCCUGGAGGUAUUAACCCGUGGAUUGCACGGUUCACGGCGAAUGCUGUCCCGCCUUCGCCGAACGGCGAUCUUACGUGUGUAAAGUUGAAGACGCGGUUGAAUUUGCAUGGGAUCAUGUCUUUCGAGUCUGCGUACACGGAAGAGAUUGAGGAGCGCGAGGAGGCGAUGGAGGUGGAUGGUGGUGAGGCGCCGAAGAAGAAGCGGAUUGUGAAGAAGAAUGAGAUUCCGUUCUCUACUCGCACUUCGUCGCUUGACCCGAGUGUCGUUGAGAAGCUGAAAGAGCAGGAGGCGGAGAUGCAUGCUGCUGAUAAGCUUGUCAUGGACACCGAGGACCGCAAGAACGCGCUCGAGGAGUAUGUUUACGACAUGCGCGCCAAGCUCGACGAGCGCUACUCGUCUUAUGUGCAAGCUGCUGAAAAAGAGAAGCUCAACGCGAUGUUCCAAGAAGCUGAAGACUGGCUAUACUCCGAUGAAGGCGAAGACGCCACCAAAUCCGCCUACGUCGCCAAACUCGACGCCCUCAAAGCCGUCGGCGACGCCAUCGUCGCGCGCUACCGCGAAGCCGAAGAGCGACCCAAAGCCAUGGCCCAACUCCGCGCAACGCUCAACGACUACAUCUCCCAAGCGACCUCCGCCGAUGACAAAUUCGCACACAUCAGCGAGAGCGAAAAGCAAAAAGUUGUCGAGAAAUGCGCGACGGUGCAGAAGUGGCUUGAUGACCAGAAUGCACGGCAGGCUGAGAGGCCGAAGAAUGUGGAUCCUGUGCUGACGAGUGCGGAGAUUUUGAAGAAGAGGGAGGAGGUGAUUUAUUUCGCGGUUCCGAUUUUGACGAAGGCGAAGCCUAAGCCUGUUAAGGUGGAGGCUACGCCUGGGGGCACGCCUAAUGGCCCUGGGACGCAGACGCCACAGAGUGGGACGCAGACCCCUGAUACGGGGGCGCAGGGGCCGCCGAAGGGGGAGGAGGAGGUUCCUGGGCCACCCGAGAUGGAUGUUGAUUAGAAUGUUUGUGCCAUUGUUUCGAGUCUGCGUUUCGUAAAAUUAGCCGUAAUGUAGGGGUUAGUUUCUGAUUAGACCUUGAUUCAUGCAUAUGAUGCGUAGAGCAUAUACAGUAGCGAAAUAUAGUGUACUACUAUCGUUCAAUGUCAAUUUUCUUGCUGUC